AUGCCUGCUUGUUCCGCAAACGACUCGCUCUCAGAAUGCUCCGGAUCUCUGGGCUGUAUGAUCGUUCACGGGCUCCUCCCGCUAGCUUGUGCCGAUGAGACGCUUCCCGACUACUGCGAGUCCGGGGAAGUCAUAGCUACAACGCCUUCCCAAAACGACCGCUACGAGAGACAGGCCCUCGUGACCCCUGAAUAUAUGACCAUCCCAAGGGGGUUAUACUCGUCUGUCGCCCUUCCAGAGCCCCCAUACUUCGCCAAAGGAUGGACCCCACAAAUCAAUCCCGAGGGCUCGUCAUACCGCAUCAACACGGAGAGGCAUAUCGUAGUGGACGUGCCCAUGGAGCGUUCAGAUUCCGUCCUUCACUGGGCAGACCGCUUGCACAUACAAACCAAGGCCCUCGGCAUCGCUCUGCCACAAGAUUACGAGCUCUACCUCAAUCCAGACAGCGAGGGCAAGACCUGCAAGUACUACUUUGUCGAUCAUCUGAACACCACCGUGUUCUGGCUGAACGACAUCGAUCCCUACCGCCACGACAUUGACUUGCCGCCGGCGUGUUCUAUAUCCCACAUGAAAUUCCUGCUGCAGGAGCAGUAUUGGAAACACGUCGAAUACUUUCCGCAUCGCGCCGUGCCGCGGAGGCUGAAAAACGAGCUGAUCAGCAUAUUCACGCAGGCCAGAGCUGAUUUGCUCACAUCGACAAUGUCCACCUUCCCUUAUAGCGCGACCGAGUGCGAGCAGUUCCUGCAGAUCCUCAAAUCCAAUAUCGAAGACGAUGAAUACAGCACAUGGAUCACUGCGAGACUUUGGGCCACGAUUUCACGUCACAGGUAUCAUACCUUCUACGGCGAAGACUACGCCCGUCUUUCUCGGGACCAGCGCCGAUAUGACAAAGCCGCGACACAGCAGAGCAUCCUUCUAGAGGCAUGCUGCGUCCUACUCUUCAAUAUGCCCAAGCGACGCGCGGAUGAGAUGGUUCUGCUUUUCGUCGACGAGAUUGCGUUCAGCAAGCAUUGGCGCGAAUACGCGGCGUCGGUGCUCAAGGAUUGGAGGGAAACCUGUGCGAUGGCGAUAGGCUCCGCUAUUAUAGGAGCGACGAGCGCGCAGCGCCCUACAAACCCCGUGUCGGCGGCUUUCGGCACGAUUUCUAUCGCCUUCGCCAUCUACGCAGUCGCCGCGGGCGCCCUCCUGCUGCAAAAAUACGCUGAUGCGGAGAAGUACAGCGCGUCUAUGACGGCCGACCACCUUUCGAGGAUAGAACAUCCGCAACUUGGUUUUCACCCGGUUGCGACCGUGUACGCGCUUCCCCAAGGGCUGGCGUUUUGGUCGUUGAUCUUCCUCGCGGGCCACCUCCUGACCGCAUUUGUGGACCUCAAGGGCGUGUUUGUGCUGACACCCGCUAUCGCUUUCAGCGUGAUAUUCAUACUAUACCUCAUCAAAGCUAACGCCAUACUUCGCAUUGGAUUUAACGUGGAAAACCCAGCGGUGAAGGAGGAGGUUGCCCAGUGACUAUGAACCCCUAGAUGUCAUCCCAUGGCCGGUCUACUCACAUUAUUACUCCGUUGCUCCUCCCGCGCUGGCACGAACUCGGCCAUGAUACUCAAAGAAACGCAGCUCAAUUACGUGUUUUUGGAACCCACCUGUAACCAUAUUUAUAUAUUCGACCGUCGCCUCAAGUUGUGGCAUCCCACCGACCUUCUUUCGACAACGCCGAAUCACGAUCGCC